UAGUGGGCUGCGUCAUCACUGUGCACCCUCUGACUGGGAAAACAGGGAAUGCUCCAGAAAAACGGCAGAAAAAUAGUUGGCUGAGUUAACAUACAGUCGGUUUGGGGACCAUUUGUUUUAAUUGAAGCUAGGGGCUCACUGGGGGAUUGCUGUGUGUAAACACGUUUUCUGGAACAGCAGCACGCAGACGCCAAGAAAGAUGACCCAGGACCCCUCAGCUCUGAGAGAAGAGGGGAACAAUUUGUUUAAAAGCGGUGAUGUCCAAGGAGCCCUCUGCUGCUAUACCAAAGCUCUGAAAGUGAGCGAAUGUGACUCUGAGAACGCCGUGCUCUACCGCAACCGCUCAGCCUGCUACCUCAAACUGGAGGAGUACAGCAAGGCUGAGGCAGAUGCCACCAAAGCCCUUGACACAGACCAAGGGGACAUCAAGGCCCGGUUCCGCAGGGCCCAGGCUUUGCAUAAGCUUGGCCGGCUGGAUCAGGCCUUCCUGGAUGCCCAGAAAUGUUCCCAGCUGGAGCCCAAGAAUAAGGCAUUUCAAGAGUUACUCAGACAACUAAGUGCUCAGAUCCAGCAGAAGGCUGUGCAGCUCUCGUCUACAGACUCCCGAGUUCAGCAGAUGUUCAAACUCCUGUUGGACAACUCUGCCCAGACCUCAGACAGACAGAAGGCUGCUCAGAACCUGGUUGUGCUCUCUCGUGAAGAUGCAGGAGCAGAGCAGAUCUUCAGGAAUGAUGGUGUAAAGCUUCUGCAGAGGCUGCUGGAGUCUCAGCAGGAGGAAUUUGUCCUCUCUGCACUCAGAACACUGGUUGGCCUGUGCACAGGGCACCAGUCAAGGACCAUGGCCAUAGUGAAUGAGCUGGGCAUGGACAGGCUGUGUGGGGUCAUGGGCUCUGGGGCAUCCACUGUGUCCCUGUCUGCCUGUCACCUGCUUCAAGUGAUGUUUGAGGCUCUUACUGAAGGCAUGAAGAAGGAUGUCAGAGGGAAGGAUGAGGCUAUACUGCCAGAGCCUUCGCGUGAGCUGCGUUCCAUGCUGCGUCAUCUUAUCGACAUGCUUGCUGCAUCAAAUGUGUCUGGGUCAGGGCGUGACAGUGCCAUCAACCUGCUGGUCAAACAGGUGCCCAGGAAAUCCCAGAAACACCCAGACAACUCCCUCACACUGUGGGUCAUCGACAAUGGGCUGAAGAAGAUUUUGGAAGUGGCUGGUACAGUUCCAGAGAUUACAGAUGGGCCACCGCUGACUGACAACACCCUCAUGAGCUGUUCUGUCCUCCUCAAUAAGCUAUAUGAUGAUCUGAAGAGUGACAAAGAGAGGGAGAACUUCAACAUGCUGUGUGAGGAAUAUGUCCAGCACCACUUUAGGGGCCCAGGCUUGGAGAGUAAACUACGUGCAAUACAGACAGUUUCAGUUCUACUCCAAGGUCCCAGUGAUGUGGGCAAUCGCACCCUGGAGAUGUCGGGCAUCAUGGAUGCUGUCAUUUCUCUGUGCGCCUCUGAGAACAUCACCCACCAGCAGGUGGCAGUAGAGACUCUCAUCCAUGCUGCAGGGAAGGCCAAGAGAGCCUCCUUCAUCACAGCUAACGGAGUGGCCCUGCUGAAGGACCUUUAUAAGAAGAGUGAAAACGAGCAGAUAAGAGUGCGAGCUCUUGUGGGAUUGUGUAAACUUGGUUCGGCUGGAGGAACAGAUUUCAGCAUGAAGCAGUUUGCAGAGGGGUCGACUCUCAAACUCGCCAAACAGUGUAGGAAGUGGCUUUGCAAUGACUCUCUUCCACCGAACUCUCGCCGCUGGGCUAUUGAAGGUCUGGCCUACCUCACCUUUGAUGCAGAUGUGAAGGAGGACUUGGUGGAUGAUAAGAAUGCUCUUCAGGCCAUGUUUCAACUGGCUAAGUCUGAAGAUAAGACAGUAUUGUUUGCCAUUGGAUCCACUUUGGUAAACUGCACCAACAGUUACGACAUUGAGAAACCAGAUCCGCAGAUGGUGGAAUUAGCCAAAUAUGCCAAACAGCAUGUACCUGAGGAGCAUCCAAAGGAUGCUCAGUCUUUUGUGGAGAAGCGGGUGGUUAAGCUGUUGGAGGCUGGAGUGGUAUCUGCUCUGGUGUGUAUGGUCAAACAGGAAAGUCCUGCCCUCACUGAGACAUGCAGAGAAUGCAUUGCCAGGGUGUUCCUGGCUCUGGUGGAACGCCAAGAGGACAGAGGAAUGGUAGUGGCUCAGGGAGGAGGAAAAGCAUUAUUACCCCUGGUGUCAGAGAGUACAGAUGUGGGCAAGAUCAAAGCAGCACAAGCACUGGCCAAGAUCACGAUCACCUCAAACCCUGAGAUUGCUUUCCCUGGAGAGAGGGUUUAUGAGGUGGUGCGUCCCCUAGCCAGUCUCUUGGCCCUUGACUGUUCUCUCCUGCAGAAUUUUGAGGCUCUUAUGGCUCUCACCAACCUGGCUGGCAUUAGUGACCGACUCAGACAAAAGAUCAUUAAGGAGAAAGCUGUGCCCAAAGUGGAAGGCUACAUGUUCGAGGAGCAUGACCUAGUGCGAGCAGCAGCCACCGAGUGUAUGUGUAACUUAAUCUUAAGCCCUGAGGUGCAGAAGCUUUACUUGGCCACAGACAGUGACCGUUUAAAACUCUUAGUAUUAUACAGUGGUGAGGAUGAUGAGAGGCUGAGGAAGGCUGCGGCCGGAACUCUGGCUGUGCUGACUGGGGAAAUGCCAGAGGUGUGUGCACGGAUUCCCAGCACGACCAGUCACUGGCUGGAGAUCCUGCAGGCACUGCUGCUGAGUGAGAGUCAGGACCUGCGGCACCGUGGUGUGGUCAUCACUCUGAACCUGAUGCAGGCAGAGAGGAGUCUGGCUGAGAAGCUUAUGGAGAGCGAGGCGCUGGAGAUUCUCUCAGUACUGGCUAAAGCAACUGAUGCCAGCCAGGCCUCAGUCGGCAGAGCAGCCCAGCGCUGCCUAGACUUGGCUCUGGAGUAUGGGCUCAUUAGGAGCAAUGACGGAGAAGCCAAUGGGAAGUCUGCGCCAUAAUCAGAGAGAUCCUCCGUGCAGACAAAUCUCACUACAUGUCUUUAAAUAACAGUUUUCAAUGUUUUGUAUUUAAUGUGUGAUAGAGUUCCCGUGUGAGUUUUUAGAGCUGUAACACUGAAUACUUAAAAAUGUCAGAAUGGACAAGUUGAGGGUUAUGCAAAGGGCAAGCAAGAGAGGAAAGUCCUUGUAAACUCGGCACCCUUGUGUAAUAUCAGAUUUUAUUUCUUAAUUUAAUAUGAAACAGAAACAUAAGUGGUAAAAUGCAUCAGUUGUGACUUCAGAGGUUUGAAGCCUUUAGGUCACUGAAACUAAGCUGCAGCCACUUGCUUUCUGCUGUGGCAUGUUUCACAUUCACAAAUUUAGAGACCAAAUAAUUCACCACCAUUCCUUUUCGUUUUGUGUUCUGUUUUUUGUAAUUAUUUUAUUUCCUUUCCCCACUUAUUUUCAAGCACUGUACUUUUGCAUUCCAGUCAGUCAUUCGUUUACUUUGUCAAGUAAACUGGUGACGCUUUGUGAUGUGGCACGUUUUUGGUUUAAGUCAUAUAGAAAUCAGUCAAAUUAUUUAAAUGUCUGUUUUUUUUCUACAUGACUGAAAGAACCACGACACCUAGUUACCUUUUAAACAUUACAGUUUAGCAUGCACCAUCAUUAUUCACUUAAUUUUUCAGCCCACCUGUGAAAUCCUGCUCUCAGUGCCUUCACAGGCUUUUUGUAGCCUGCAUAUUUGAUGCAGUUUUUAUACUGUUGAUGAACUACUGUUUAUCCAAAGACAAAUAAACACAGUGUGUGUGAGUCA